AUGGAUCCUAUCUCCCCAGCAAGUGAUACCACCAAAAGUCACACCAAUUCCGAAGAUUCUGUCUCUCAAGAAGGCCAUGGAACUCCUCCCCCAACCGACACUGUACUAGCCAAGAACUUCCAAAGUGUUCCCCCCCUGUCUGCUCCAUCAGUUCGCCCCCCUUCCUUCCAAGAGUUUGCUCUCAAAGCCAAUGAACCAAGCUCGUCUGCCCCACUGAUCCCUUCUGAGCCCAUACUCGACACUGAAAUCCAACAAAUCACUGCCGAAGAAUUUAAUCGAAACAUGAUGGCGGCCGAGCAAGCUACACGUGGCCUCCGCAACCUCAAACUUCCCAGGAGCCUGAAGGAGCAAGUUGAAUCACUUGAGAAGUCUCUUGUUCGUACCAAGAGAACUUGGGAAGAAACUGGCGAAAUUCCUGAUGAUGAAGCAAUCAAGAUCCACCAAGGCGCGACAGCAGCCCCCUCUUCAUCAACACCGAAUUUCAAAAAAAACCCUCCACGCAAAAGAGGUAAACGCAAUCCGGCCACCAAACCAGCUGACUUACUCAAUCAGCACCCAAAUCCACCGCCAAAUCCUCCCGCUGAGACUACACCCAAUCAAACUACAGCUCAAUCGGUGCCCAACUCCCAAACAGCCUCAAAUUUGCCCACCCCUGUCUCAAACAAAGCAAACCCUCCGUUGGACACAGCUGAGAAAAACAAUGUACCCAGCACUCCCUCGGACAACCUUGGAGCAGACUCCGCCACAGACUCAACUCAUCAUCAACCGUCAAUGCCACCACCCGAUUUACCAUCUGGGCAUGUCCAAAACCAAGCCAAAGAUCCAACCCCCAUCUCCAGCUCACAAGUUACUACUCAACAACAGCAAACCCAGAUCCCCAACCCCCCGCCAGGCCCUACAACCUCUCUUCCAUCCGGCGAUUCUCAACAGCCCUCUGCUUCUGAAAACCCACCUAACAGUCAAGCCAAUUCAAGCCAGCCACAGCCAACUCCCACCGAGUCUCCUCAGCUUCCCAACCAGCCCCAAGAUCAACCAUCCACCCCUCUUACUAACACUAAUAUUACCAUAAUCAAGUCAACUGAUGUUCGGAUCCAGUUGAUUAAGCUCCAUCAACAGAUCGAAGGGGUCAAACCCAACUGGCAGAAGUAUCAAACUACGUGGACUUCCCUCUCAACACUCGUCCAGUUCCGCGCCUUAUCGAUGGGCAAUUUGGCCCCCCACAGCCCCCAAUUUCACUUCCAGAGGACAGCCUGCUCUUACAACUCGUGGAUCAAGACAAUAAGCUCAUUGGGGAAGCAAUUCUUAGGUCCAUCAACCAACGAACAAUGGUACUGUCCUGAUGUCAUAGACCUUCCGCUGCUUGCAAGUUUUGCCAACACAGAUGGUACUCUCCAACCGCAUCAAUUCAUCCCACCAUCGACUAAAUCACCACAUCCUGAGUCCACUCUAGUUCGGUUCCUCUUCCGCCUUCAGAACCCUCCAGCCUCCAUCAUAUCUGAAUGGGCCAAGAUCAUUGCUGCCUCUGUCGAGCUCAUGGCCAACAACUUGUACAAAGAUCCACUACCAGAAACAUGUGAAGAUGAUGACGAAAUAUUACAAGGCGUGCAAGCGCUCCAUCACUUCAACAAGCUCAAGGCUGCCUCCUCCUCCUUUGAAGCAAGCACUGAAAACCCUGCCGGUACCGAAUCUCAAGUGGUCCAACGUUCUCACUCAGUUGAUGUCUUACAGGAAUUUCGAAAUCUAAUUAUUGAUGUCUUCAUGGCUUAUGUGAUUUUCCAAACGCACGCGCUCAGUAGCCAACCCCUUGACAGCACCCAGAGAAAGAACCGCUCCCGCUCCGCUCGAAACUCCAACCCCAAUCCACAGGGCUCAUCUGCCGUAACCACUACCGGGAAUACUUCAACUCAGCUGACACAAUUGAAGGACGAGGCAAGCAAACAACUUCAAACAAUACAAUCCCGACAGAACUUCCAACCCCUUGUAUACUUUUUACUUGGUGGUGUUCGUGGACUCUUCAUUGCCUCCAGAAACCACCAAACCUCCCCAGUCUCGGAAUGCAUCUAUUUCAUUCAGGCCAUUUCAAUAAUCAGUGAAACCUCGUCCACUCGACGCACCCCCGAGGAACCCAUUUGGAAAAAUCUCUCUGCUUACAUCGUUAAAAUAUUUAAACCAGCUUUUGAGUCCCCCAACAAGAUUGUUGCACUGCACAAGCCACCCACCUGCCACCAACUUGCCGAAGCAAUUACCAUUGAUUACUUGAAUCACUGGAAAGAGAUCCAACCCAGUAGUCCCUUCUUAAUUCCAAACUCGUCUCGUCAGAUUACUCAAAAUUGA